GCUCCAACUGUGAGACGGGAUACACGUGCUCUCCGCCGUUCUCGCCUGCCGCCGCUCCGUCUCCCGGCCGCGUCUCCUCCUAGUCAUUUCCAUGGCUCGCUUGCUUCAGAUCGAAAUAGCUUAUUAAAUGGCUAUAAAUUCAUAAAUUCUUCUCAUAUGAAAGGUGCAAUAGGAAUUUGAAUAAGGUGUGUGCUGCUCUCUUUUUUUCCCCCUCUCCUUCCCUCCCUUCCAUCCUCCUCCUCUUUAUUAUUAUUUUCCCACGUCCUGCAAAAAGAGGAAAAAAUAAACCUUUUGAUUAGAAAAAAACAGAAGAUAACCUUACCGAUUGUCCCAACUCCCCUUUUCUAAUGGAGGAUCAAUGAAUAUUUGAAGGAAGGAUAAAAGAAAAUAAGAAUACCAAAGCACAAGAAGAAACGAGAGGGAAAGAGAGUAAAAAAGAGAAGGAAAAGAGAGAAAGAGAGGAAGAAAAACCACCGUGGAUUUGAAUGCGCAGACUCUUCGCUUUUCGAGGUUGUGUUUGGGUGAGGGGCGAGGAUGUCUGUAGGAUCCCCCACGCCAUCGCUGGAAUCCCUCUCAGGGACGCCCCUGGGGUCCCUGAUAGACUCGGAUCCACCACGCUCCCUUGAGAACUCCCCCCCUGCAUCCACCACAGGAUCCAUAGUUGGCCGCAGCUCUCCAGUGGCAACUGUGUGUGGGCUCUGCAAUGACACUUAUGUUAUGCCACGAGUUCUCUCCUGCCUGCACAUCUUCUGCCUUGGGUGCUUAGAGAAAGUUUGUGAUGGAGGAGACCGCUUGGUGUGCCCUCAGUGCCAAGCUGUAACGACAGUUCCCCCACCACUUCUACUACCAGACUACGCUCUCCAUCGCCUUUUGGAAACGCCAGUGGAUGAGCCUGCUUCUUGCACAGCCUGCAAGAGUCGUGACGUAGCAGCUGUUGCACGUUGUUUGGACUGCGCAAAGCUCCUCUGCCCACACUGUGUCAUGGCCCACCAGUAUAUGCAUUGUUUUGAAGGACACCGUGUGGUAACACUGGCAGAACUAGCCCAGCGGGAUGAGCGUCCAGUCACCUGCAUACGUCACAAAGGAGAGCCUCUCAAGUAUUUCUGUAUUACUUGUAGUUCACCAGUUUGCAAUGAUUGCAUCAUGAUGGACCACCCAAAAGGUAUUCAUGAGUUGGAGGGUCUGAACGAUGCAGCGCCCCGCCAUUUGGAUCAGAUUUGUCAUGCCAUGGAAGACGGGCGGUCCCGGGCAGCAGAUCUCCGUACUUGUGUUAAAUCUGUUGAGGGUUCUUCAACACGUCUCCAGCAACAGUAUGAGAAGGCACAGUCAGAGAUUCAUGAUACAUUCAACUUCUACACAACUAUGGUAGAAGAACGCAAGACAGAAUUAUUGCGAGAGCUGGACUCGCUCUACCAUGCCAAACAAGUCUCCCUCUCAGUGUUUGCUCAGAAGGCACAGGAGAGCGUGGAGAAGCUGUUAUCGACUUGCGAUUUCAUUGAAAAAUUGAGGAAGUAUGCAAAUACCACUGAGUUGCUCAUGUUCCGAAAGCUCAUUGAAGGAAAGCUUGCAGAACAGAUGGGAAAGAACUUUGACCUAGGUAUGCAAAAUGUCAGUGACCUUGAAUUUGUGAGUAAUUUCCCUGCCAUUCAAGUAGGAGUGAGGAACACAUUUGGCUAUAUUCGGUCAGCCUCUGAUAUCCAAGUUGGGCCAACCAAGUUACCACCCAUUGCACGACCCAACUCCUCCAACUCCGUCUCUGUCAGUAGUAUGAACACAAUUAACAGUUGCCUGAAUGGCUUAUCAGGACUCAAUACUACAUUGGCCAAUGGCUUGACUGGAAGUAUCAAUGCCCAGCAAUUGGUCAGCACACAGAACUUAGCAAAUGGGCAAAUUUCUAAUGGGCAGUUGGCCAAUGGACUGUCCACAAGUCUUGCAAAUAGUUUAACUUCAGGAUUAUCUCAUAGUCUCACUAAUGGCCUUGCCAAUGGUUUAACAAAUGGACUUGCUAAUGGGCUUACCAGUGGAUUAAACAGCACCAUGAAUGGCAAUUUAAAUGGAAUGUUGGAGCGUCCAUAUAGCAACAGUCAACUGUCAAAUUUGCUGUCCAAGAGAUUCAGCUCCACACAGUCCAUGGGCCCAUUCUCUACAAGUCUUGGAGAUCUCAACCUAAAUGGGCUCACAUCCUAUGAGAAGUGGAGCUGUGGUGGAGAAGGCGUGUUCAACCAGGAACAGGUGAAUGGAGUUACUGCACCAGAUCCAGUUCUUCAUGAUCUGUCCCACAAGCUACUGUCCUGUUCCAUAUUCCCACCACGAUCACAGAUCAAGCGCCAGAAGAUGAUCUAUCAUUGCAAGUUUGGAGAGUUUGGUGUUCUUGAGGGCCAGUUUACCGAACCAAGUGGUGUUGCUGUCAAUGCCCAGAAUGAUAUAAUUGUAGCAGAUACUAACAACCACAGAAUCCAGAUCUUUGACAAGGAAGGACGUUUCAAAUUCCAGUUUGGAGAGUGUGGGAAGCGCGAUGGCCAGUUGCUCUACCCAAAUAGGGUGGCUGUUGUACGCACCAGUGGUGACAUCAUUGUGACUGAACGAUCUCCAACCCAUCAGAUACAGAUCUAUAAUCAGUAUGGACAGUUUGUAAGGAAGUUUGGAGCCAACACUUUAUGCUACCCACGUGGUGUAACUGUUGACCACAAAGGGCGCAUCAUUGUUGUGGAGUGCAAAGUAAUGAGGGUCAUCAUCUUCGACCAGUUUGGUACAGUGCUACACCAGUUCAACUGCCCCAACCACCUGGAAUUCCCCAACGGUGUGGUGGUGAAUGACAAACAAGAAAUCUUCAUCUCUGACAACAGAGCUCAUUGUGUGAAGGUGUUCAACUAUGAAGGACAGUACCUCCGUCAGAUUGGUGGCGAGGGUAUCACCAAUUACCCUAUUGGUGUAGGCAUCAAUAGCCAAGGUGAAGUUCUGAUUGCUGACAACCACAACAACUUCAACCUUACACUCUUCACCCAGGAUGGCCAGCUAGUGUCAGCGUACGAGUCCAAGGUGAAGCACGCCCAGUGCUUUGACGUUGCACUCAUGGAUGAUGGAUCAGUGGUCCUGGCCUCCAAAGAUUACCGUCUGUAUGUUUACCGGUACCUGCAGGUGCCGCCACCCCACAUGUGAGACAGAGGUUGCCUCAUCUCGCCUACAGUCACAGUGGUGCACUUUCCAAUUUGGUUGUAACAUGAGAAGCUGUACAGCAUUGUUAGAUGAAGACUGCUGAUACUGCCCAAAGAGGCACACUUCUUGUAAUCUUGUUUGGCACUGUGACAAGUGUGGCACAAGUGACAGGACACUAACCUUCUCCUGAUGACCUCACCCCUCACUCCAAGCCAAGGUCAGCCUCAACAGCCACUGUUGAAGGCUGUUCCUCUGGGUGAGAGGCAAGGUUCCCGUGUUGUCUCUGUUCCUUCAUAUAGUCUAUUUUUAAUACGGUGGUUGCAGUUGUUUGUACUCCCAGGGGCAGAUGCCAGGCCCAAGUCUGCCCUCCCCUAGUCAAAAAGUGGCUGAGGCCUCCUUUAUAGGCUAAGAGGCCAGUUACCAGUGUACUUGGGUAUCAGGCAGUUACCAUAUAAUGGGCUUAGAUACCUGUUUAUACAAGUCACUUUUACAUUUACUCGCAUUUUUUGUUGAAGUAGGUUUUUCUAUUUUAUUUUCAAUUUUUCUAACUCUGCCAAUAGUCAUGUACAUAACUAUUCAAUUGGUUUUAGAGUUUAUUUCAAAAUUUUCUAUUUGUUGCACCUACAGUCGUAAGUUGUGCCAUUAAGGAUUAAGUUUUUGUUUCUUGGAUAGCCUGCUCAUGGUAUUUUUGUUUUGGUUUUGUUUAAGUUUCUUUUAUUUUUCAUAUUUAUGUGCAGUAAUUUAUUGAGGUGUUGAAGUUUGGGAGUGGAGCACCACUGCACGCAUCAGCAGGGUGCCGGUGGUCCUCCUCUGCCCUCUAGUGGUAGCAUCUCUCAGCUGUAGCUCUUUAUAUAUUGCAGCUGCAGCUGAUCAACUCACCCAUUAUUGUUCUAUUGCAUUUGUUAGUUGUAAGGAAUUGUGCAUGAGAGCUACAGGCAAGAUGUGCAUGGAGGCAGGGCAGUAGAAGGCCCUGGUUAGCAUAUUGUUACUGGGGCCACCCGCCAGCCAGUGCCCCAUUUCAGGGGCUAACAACAAAGUUAGGCCAGGAUGUAGUUAGUCUGUCACUGUCAGUCAGAAAGAUGGCCAGUCGGCCGGUCCUAUGGCUCGGCGGGAGCCAACAGUUUUAUUUAUCGGGAAGAAGUCUGGUCUUUUGUUUUUUUAGAAGAAAAAGAUUUUAAGUUUCAUUUUAUGGAAGGCUGGAAAAUUUGUUCCUUUUUACAAGUAUUCCGUUGGUCAGAAUGGAGACGUUAUUUAUUUUAAAAGAAAAAAAAAAAGUCAAUGCUAUUGACAAGUUACAUGUUGAGCCAUCCAGAAGUUUGCUACUCACUUGUUAUACCCUUUUCACACUGUUUGCUGAGGAAUAUAUAUCAAAAUUAGUUAAUGGUGUUUCUAGAGAUGUUAAACCUGCCCAGAUUUGCUUUUAUAAAUUUAGCCCAAGUGUGACAAUCAAAGUCAGAGGAAGCAAAUGCCUGAUAUGUUUAUCUUUGUACAUGCAAGGAAAGUCAUUUUUGUGAAGCAACAAACACUAAAGAAAAAUGGGGGCCAAACUAAAUUACAGGUGAUAAUAUAACUUUGGUGAUGUUUUCUACAUUUGACAGUUAGAAAUAUGAAUUUAACAACUGUCUUGAACUCUUGAAACACAUGUAGAACAGAAAUCAAAUUCUGUCCUUGUAGUAAUGAAGCACUCUAACCACACAGCCCGCCAGCCACAUCCUAGAGUCCACCUUCGGGGCUGGACUUGUGGGUUCUGCACCCGUGUGGUAACAGCCGGAUUAAUAUGCCCUUAUUGCCCUUACCUGUUGAUAUAUAUCUAGACUAGCUCACUAUGUUAGGUAGAAGUUGAGUACCAUUGUUGUAAUCACUAUUCCCUAUCUUGCCUUUUUUGUAUCUGCUUCAAGUAGUGUAAUACAAAGCUCAACCUGUUGUAACCCUGCCUAGGAUGGCUGAUAUUAACUAAACCAACUUGUGACCUUUCCCUGAGAUCAUGCCUUACCAGUGUUGUGCGGUGUUGUAGUCCUUAAGGUCGUGACUGUGUUGUGAUUGUGCCACACACACCUCUGCUUCAUGCGGGAAUGGGUCCGCUCCAAAACCGACCGCUGGUUGCAGAUUCCCCGCACAAAGUCUAUGAUUGUUUUUUGUUACUGUGGUAACAGAUACAGGGCACAAGUGAUUUUUAGAAUUGGUGAAUUUCUGCAACCAAUAACAGGUCUUUGAUAUGUAGAUUGAAUGUAACUGCAGAAUCACAUUUUGUUAUGAUAUGAAAAUGGUUGUUCGUUUUUUCGUGUUCAGAAUUUGGCCAUACGAGUUGUGCCAAGCUGGGUAAAUUGUAAGCUUGUUUAACUGUUGAAACUGUUUAUUCAUUCACUGGAGUUAGUUUUUGUGAUGUACUAGCCAUUUACUCAGAUAAGAUUAAAAAGUUAAAAGGUUUCCUGUGUAGUAGAGCGGAAAUAAUUUGUUGUCUUGUUUUUGUCGCGAGCAGGAAACAGUCUGCUUUGUACCUGGUUGUUAUCCUACGCCUGGCAUAUGGACGUGGGCUGUUAGUCAAGUGCCGGCUCGUACUUAAUUGUUUCUCAUCACUCUGUAUGGCAUAAUAGAGGUGUUAACAGCACAUACACGGCCUUUGUGGUAAUGCUUGCUUUCCCAAUACAGUGAAUGAUGAAUCAACUUCAGUGUUCGGAGUGGCGGUAACCAGUUUGUCGCCAGUUAGUUAACUGUAUUAGGUAGCACAUAAGCAUUAAAUGUUACCUUUCAAAUUCUCGUAGCCAAUCACUGUGUUGCAAGGGAGCACUGAAUGGCUUGGACAAUACAUAUCUCCUGUUGAUACUACUGUGUAGAUGCUAGUGGAGCUGUCUGGGUCCCUCCAGCUGUAUGGAUCCCACCAGCUGUUUGGGGCCCUCAGUAGACUAGUCAGGGCCCGGCUGGCCAGCCAGUCUGCCUGGGUCUGCCGGGCCCAGUCCUGGUGGCAUAAGGCAUCAAUGGUGCGGGGCUCUGGCUGCCCUCCACACACCGCAGUCCUGGUGAAUGAGUUGGUGUCCUCUUUUGAGUGUGGAGGCUGACCUCUGUGUGUGCGCUUGUUGCAUGGAAAGUCCCAGGAUACAUGUGGCUGAGUGGCUGGGCAGCUACAUGCCACUUCUAGUUAGUGCUCGCUGUGCUGUGUAGAUCAACAACCCAUAGGUUAAGGCGGACUUAGUGUAGUACUGAGGGGGCUUCCCCUUCGUCUUUCACUCUCGGACUGUCCCUGUUGGUCCAGAUGAAAUGCCACAAUCCUCCUGGCAGACGCACAAAAGUUACCUGGCAAAUUACCUACAAGGUAUUUGUUGAUUUUUGCAGCCAACAUUCCAAUUGUUGACUCUUCAAAUGUUUAUCCUUCCUUGGUGCCACAACCCCUGCCUAGAGCCACAUUUCAUCUGUCACCUCUCCGUCACAAUACACCAGUGAUAAAUUGGGACACUACAACAAAGUUUGAUAAUUUCUUCACCACUUCCAUUGGCCUUUCUGAAGCAUGACUUCGUUCGUAUCUACUUAAAAAAAGGAGUUCCAAAGUCUAUUUUUUCACCUUUCUACAGUCCAAAAGAAUGUGUAGUUUGUGGGCGGGCGGUGGGUUGGUGAGCCCGCGGGCCCAGACGGAGGGGGUAGGGCGGCCACCAGUAUUAUGCCUUGCACCGUCUUGACCCGCCCUGCGCCCCUCUGCUUUUCUACUAACGUUAAGAGUAUCAUAACCCAGUUCUCUGCUGUUGACGCGUUGACUACUUACCAGAGAUGAAACAUUCCACUAUUUUUGCUGUUUUUUCUAUCUGUUUGUAUCAUGUUACUUUUGUAGUAGCGCUGCUUGUAGAUUGGGCCCUGGGCUGGGCGUGGGUGUGCGCUACCGCCUCGAGCUGUACCCAUCGCCCAGUCUCUUUAGUGCCCACCAGAUGUGUGUUGCUAUUUUUGCUAUAUGAACCUCUUCUGUUCACAAAGCAGUAGUUGAUCAUUAUUGUGCCUAGUCCAAAGCAUCAGGAAAAAGUGUCAUGACCAGAACCCAGAGACAGGACGAGCAAGUCCCCCUCUUCCAAGUGUUAGAAAUCAAAAUGUGUACUUAAAAGUGGGUCACUUUGGCCAGGGAGACUUUUGUCAGUGAUGAUAUUAACCGCUGGAAGUUUGCUCUGCUUGUCCUGACUCUGCCGCCCCCCAUACCAGGCCAGGGCGGUGCCAGUAACUACUCUGUGUACAGUGUUUACGGCAGCUUUUGUAGAGAUCUGUGUUUGUAACCAUGUUGAUAUUGUUUAAGGUCCAAGUGUGUCAAUUACAGUCAUACAUAACUCAUGUUACCCACUUAAAUGGUCCCGUAGUAUGUAAAGCAUUAUAUAUUCAUAUAACCAUGUCUAACACAAGAAAAGAUAUGCCAUGUCUGUCAGUUGUUCAAAAAGUUUCAGUUUAUUUUGAUAUAUAAGAGCUGUUACAGAAUCAAUCUUGGACUUGUUUUAAACAUCUUGUUAUCCCUGAUAUUGUAGCAAGAUGGGCCACGGGGAGUGUUAGCUGACCCAGUAGUGACAGCACAGUAGGGUUAGUGCCCUCUACUUUAUUCUGGCACCAUUUGUUGAUUUUCCUUUUUUAUUUAUUUAUUUAUUUAUUUAUUUAAAAAUUGUUAAGUCAUUGCCAGUUUAUAUACUGUCCUCUCCACAACACACCCUAAGUGCUCUGAGGCCAAGCAUCAAUUGCUUGGAGUUGUUGGUCUUCCAAGAUGUAGGCUGGGGAACAGUGAAGCACCAGCUCCUGAUCAGUGAGGACAGAAACACCUCCCCCCUGGCCCACCUUCGUUGUUGAUGUGUUAAGACGCACCUUUGCUGCAGGACUAUUUGGUGAUGUGUUUGAGGCACUCAGUCCUCUUGGCACUGUCUAGGCAAUAUCACUUAUUGCUAUUUCAAAUUUCAUUCAACUUUCUGAAGUGACUUGCAGAUAGCUACAUCAGGAGACUAGUACCAGACUAGCACCAAACUGAUUCUCAAAUAUUCCAAAUACUCUGUUACUUAUUAUUACAUUUGUUGAGAGAAGUUUAAAGAAAUUUUUAAAAAAUAUAUUUAUAGCUGCUUGUGAGACAAGUCGAAAGUUGAACAUGAUAUGAAUUAGCAGUAGGUAAUAAGGCCUUUUGAAACACCCAGGUUAUGCUCCCCAACCACUUUCAUCUUUAAUAUCUAACCUUGGUCUUGCAUGCCCCUUAGCAAGAUCAAACCAUCUUAUGCCUUUUCUUGAUCCCUUUCACUGUUUAGCAAUGUUUACCUUAACAUGUAUUUGUUCAAAUGUUGUCAGAUCCAAGCUCCUUCUAGGAAGUUAUUUAUUAUUGAAAAUCCUUUCAUUUAUCAUAUUUUUUAUUGCCUAUUCAAUUAGUUUCCCCUCCCCUUAGUGCUUGGAUAUUCAUUCCAUUUUUAUGCUCCCCAAAAUCUUCAUCACUGUCCCCCCAACUCCCCAAACAUAAUCAUUGGUAUCUAUAACAUGUAUUUUCUCUUAUUUUCUUCAAUUUAACCUGCUGGCACUUGUGUUAUUUACAAAUUAAUUCUACUUGCCAUCAAAGCAGGCUGGUGAAGGGACCAUUCCAAACUAAUUGAUAGGGCUGUCUCUCAUCUCCAUACCACAAGUUACUGGUCAGAGCAAGGCCAGUGUCAUGAAAGCUAAUCAUAGUCUGUGGUCAACAACAUGGCAUACACAAAGUAGGGAUUGUGUACAAAUUUUUAAGUGUUUAUUUUUCUAAAUUUCUUACAUCUCCAAUAGGAUGGAUAUAUUCACGUUUCCCCCCCACUCCCCUCCCUUUCCCCCCGCUCCCCACCUCCAUUUCUUAUUACUUAUAGAUAUUAUGGGUAUGUAUGUACACUUUGGUCACCUUCUCUUUUUUAUUUUUAGUUUCUUACCAAAGAUAUGAAUAAACAAAUUGUCUCAAUAGUGGAUCUGAAGAAGGAAUAAAAAAUGAUAAGUUACAUUGUAUGGAAGCUGAUAUAGUCGUUUUGUUCUGGUCACAGAUGAGCUGGUUUUCGAAGGGUUGUGUUUGUUGCUCAGAUAUUGCACGUACCCAAGUCAACAUCAGUUCAUCUGUGGUGUUUUUCGAAUCAUUGUGUUGUAAAUAUAAUGGUGAAUUUAUUCUGUUAAUAACGAGAUUCUGCAUCAUGUUGAUUUUGUUACGAGCAAAAGUGUUUGGGCUUGUUUCAGAUUUAUAUUGCAAAUACUGUAUGUUUGGUGAUUUAAUUCUUGCAUACAUGUCUGUUAGAGCAUUAUUAUUGUGAGACUUAGUUCAAGAAUUGUAUGAAUUGAUCAUUUGUAUGAGGAUUUUUUUGUUCUUGUGUAUGUAUAAAUGCAUAAAAAAAAUGUUACUUAAAAGAAGAAAAUGAAAGGAAAGAUAUAAUUCAUGUAGCGUGAUUGAAACUACAUCAACUUCCAUAUAUAAAUCACCAGGUUUAGUAUUUAAUUUUUGUUGUCUUUUAUUUACUGGAAUGGCCCCACAAUUUUAUGAUAUUUUCAGUGAUUUUGAUCAUAUCUGCUAUCCUAAUCAUACUCUUAAGGAUACUUUUUAUUUAGUUUUUUGUUUAUUUUGUUUUAGAUUCUUACUAUUGCCUUCACAAAGAAAUAUUUAGAAAUAUUUUAUCGUCUUUCAUGGCGCAAGUUUUGUUGAAUGCUGUAAUGGCUAACCUAGAGAAUUUCAAUAAAGUAUUUUGUUUGACUGUAA